CUCCCAGAAAUAAAUAUCUCGUCGUCAUCUACCUUAGAAGCCAAGAUUUCAGGGAGGGAGAGAGGGAGAUCGAGGUCCCCAUAGGCCAUAGUCAUAAAUGGGCCUCCUUUUACAGACGGUGGGCUCCUUGUCUCUGUAAUUUCGCAGAAGAGAGAGGGAGAGGGUAAUAUCAUUAGUGCUGACACAGAGAGAGAGAGAGAGAGAGAGAGAGAGACGGCUGUAUCAUUAGGCUUAUCAGUUCACCUACCUCUUCUAUCGCGAGAGACAGAGAGAGAGAUACCGACAUACCAACGCCCGUUGCCUCCGGGAGAGAGAGAAUGAACGGGGACAUCGAGAACAGGGGAGGGAGGAUGCAGCAGCCGCAGCAGCCGCAGCAGCCGCCUCCCAAGGACGGGAGGAAUGGGUUCUUGGUUCCCUACGUGGCGGAAACAGAGUCGGAAAGUGAAUGGACGUCGUGGCUUGUCCCGAUGUUUGUGGUGGCCAACGUCGCCAUGUUCAUUGUCGUCAUGUUCGUUAACGACUGCCCCAAGAGGCGCCACCCCACCGGCGGCAGCUGCGUCGCCAGCUUCCUCGGCCGCUUCUCCUUCGAGCCGAUUAGGGAGAAUCCCCUGUUCGGCCCCUCAUCUCUCACGUUGCUGAAGCUAGGGGCUCUUGAGUGGAACAGAGUGGUCCAUCAGCAUCAGGGAUGGAGGCUUAUUAGCUCUAUAUGGCUGCAUGCUGGUGUUAUCCAUCUUCUUGCAAAUAUGUUGAGCCUGCUUUUCAUUGGUAUCCGCCUUGAGCAACAAUUUGGAUUCAUAAGGAUAGGGAUCAUCUAUCUAUUGUCCGGCUUUGGAGGCAGCAUCUUGUCCCUCCUCUUCAUUCAAAAUAAUAUUUCUGUGGGUGCCUCUGGUGCACUAUUUGGACUUCUUGGAGCCAUGCUUUCUGAGCUGAUUACAAACUGGACGAUCUAUUCCAACAAGGCUGCAGCUCUAUUUACGCUGAUGAUGAUAAUAGUUAUCAACUUAGCCAUUGGAAUACUGCCACAUGUUGACAAUUUUGCUCACAUUGGAGGCUUUCUUACUGGUUUCUUUAUUGGUUUCAUUUUGCUGAUGCGUCCCCAGUUUGGAUGGAUGGAGCAGCAUCUUCCUCCACUCUAUACUGGUCGAGUCAAGUCCAAAUAUACUCUAUAUCAGCGUAUAUUGUGGGGGGUUUCGGUGGUUCUUUUAAUAGUGGGCUUUGUGAUUGGUCUUGUGAUGCUCUUCCGGGGAAAAAAUGGGAAUGAUAGCUGCAGCUGGUGCCAUUAUCUAAGUUGUGUUUCAACAUCGAGGUGGACUUGUGGAAGUUGAACAAAGUGGUGAUCUGUAUCUGUAAAGGUUGGACAAAAUUUCUUUUUGAUUUUUUUGUGGGGGUACUCCGAUCUGAUAGAAUUGUGGGUUUGUUUUUAUAGUGUUUUUUUUUUCUCCCUUCUGUAUAGGUAUCCAUUUACAUCUUAUGUCAUAUCUUCCGUAGGUUUAUUCUGUGUAAUGUUUCUGUUGUAUAUCUUUCUAAUCCUCUCUCAGAUAUAUCCGGAAGAAUCUCUCUCUCUCUCUCUCUCU